AUGUCUCUUCAUAAUUUUCUCUAUUCACUUGUCUCCAUUGUUCCAAAUGUUCUUGUGUUUUUAUCUAUCUAUCUAUCUAUCUAUCUAUCUAUCUAUCUAUCUAUCUAUCUAUCUAUCCUACUGAAUCUAUCUAUCUAUCUAUCUAUCUAUCUAUCUAUCUAUCUAUCUAAUUUUAUUUUUAAAAAUAUAUUUAUAAAUAUAUUCAUUUUGAUUUCAUUUGUGUUUCUUUUGCUUAAAUAUUUUUUUUUCUUUUUGAAUUCUUCAUUAAUCCCGCUGUUUUCGUUUACAUUUCAUCAAUUGUUAUUCAUUUAUUUUAUUAAUCUUCUUUUUUCUUUCCUAUCAUUUUCUUUCUUUCUUUCUUUCUUCGUUUUUAAUCAUUUUCGCUUGGAUAUCUUUCUUUUUUACAUUUCUAAUUGUUUCCUUUUUCAUCAUUUUAAUUUUGUCUUUCUUUUUUUUUCUCUUUCAUUUCUCUUUUUUUUUCAUCCUUUUCAUUUUGUUUUUGUUUCUUUGCGUUUUUCAUUUCGAUUUUUCUUCCUUUUCAUUAUUUUCAUUUUAAUUUCUUUCAUUCUUUUUUCUUUCAUUUCUGAUUCUCUUAAUUUUUUAAAUUAUUUUAUUUUAGCUAUCUUUCUUUCCUUCUUUUAUUUCUAUUUUUCUUUCUGUUCACUAUUUUCAUUUUAUUUAUUUUCUUUCGUUUUUCUUUUCAUCCUUCUCAUUUUGUUUAUUUUUUUCCUUUCCUUUUUCUUUCUUUUCACCCUUUUCAUUUUGUUUAUUUUCUUCCUUUCUUAUUUUUCUUUUUUCAUUUCGUCCUUUUCAUUUUGUUUAUUUUCUUUCUUUUUUCUUUCAAUUUUCUUUUUCUUUCUUUUUUAUCAUUUUCCGUUAGAUAUCUUUUCCAUUCUUUUCUUUCAUUUCAUUUUUUUCCUUUUAUCAUUUCCUUUAGCGUCCCUUCUUUCUUUCUUGCUUUCUUUCUUCCUUUCUUUCUUUUUUCUUUAUUUCUUUUUUGUUCACUUUCUUUGUAUUCCUCUUUCCUCUCACCCUUAG